AUGAGCAGAUUGCACAGUACAGCCUUCCUAUCUUUACCUCACAUCCUUUCUCGCCCGAUCGUUAGGCGAUAUCUCGCUCCCUUCCCCUCCCAUCGAACUCCCUCGAUGCGGGCGAUGCGCUUCCGCCCUUGCAUCGACCUUCACGCUGGUCGCGUCAAGCAGAUCGUCGGCGGCACGCUAACGGACGCCGCCACGGCCCCCACCACCAACUUCGAGACUGACCUAUCUCCCGCCUACUAUGCUGAGCUCUACCAUCGCGACAAACUCCCCGGCGGUCACGUCAUCAUGCUCGGACCCGGAAACGAGAUUGCUGCUCGCAAGGCUCUCAACGUCUUUCCUGACGGCAUGCAUGUGGGCGGCGGCAUGAAUCCAAGCAACGCGGGUAACUUUAUUAAUGCAGGCGCUAGCCACGUCAUAGUCACGUCUUAUGUGUUCCGGGAGGGGGUGAUUGUGUGGGAACGGGUGCAGGAGAUGUUAAGGGCGGUCGGGAAGAGAAGGCUUGUGCUCGAUGUCAGCUGCCGGAAAAGGAAUGGAGAGUAUUUUGUUUGCACGGAUAGAUGGCAGAAGUGGACCGACUUCGCACUUAACGCGAAGAACUUUGACACGCUGGGACAGCAUUGUGAUGAAAUCUUGGUUCAUGCUGUUGAUGUCGAGGGGAAGAAGAGCGGCAUCGACCUUGACCUAGUUGAGAAAAUGGCAGCCUGGGCAUCCGUGCCUGUCACGUAUGCUGGAGGAGUUCGCUCGAUUGCGGAUAUGGAAUUGGCGAAGGAAAAAGGUCGCGGACUGACGCUGUGA